GUGUGUGUGUGUGUGUGUGUGUGCGCGCGCGUGUGGGCAACUGAUCACCCCAGAGAGAAAGAGGGAGAGAGAGAGAGAGAAAAGCACCGCCAGACCAACUCUUGUCAUUUCCAGUAAGAAGUUGCAGACUUCAUGUAGCUGCCUCUGCUCUGCCUGGGAGAGGGAUGGCAAUGGUGUGCAGUGCGGAGUGGAAAAUACCCCCGCUCUAAAGAACUGCACCGGAUUUUUGGUCGCGGUUUGUUUGUGGUGUUGCGUGCACAUUAAACACCCGAAGGAUCGCCGCUCAAUAGAAACGAAACGUGGAGAGGAUGACUAACGACAGGACUGUGAAUUUGUUCCCUGGAGUUGCUAAUUUGCCACCCCGAAGCAACACAUAUCUCAAGGAGGAAGCGUUUGGCUGCUGCUGAUUUCUCCAAAAUUGGUGGUUUACCAGAUGCAUUGUGCUGGAUCUGCUGGAACAGAUCAUUGCUUAGCUGCAGCAGAUCGUCAAAGGUAGACAACCAACUGCUGUCUCCAAGUAAGAAAUGAGAUGUAAUGCAUCCUGCAGUCCAUGCAUGCCUCCUCUUGCAAAUCGCGCAUCAUUCCUCUGUGGAAACCUUUAAGUCCUAAAAUCCGGGAAAAGAGAAUAAAAACAUUAUCAUGGACCUGAGGGAUUUUUACCUGUUGGCCGCUUUGAUUGCCUGUUUAAGGCUGGAUUCUGCUAUAGCUCAAGAACUUAUUUACACUAUUAGAGAGGAGCUGCCUGAAAACGUACCCAUAGGGAACAUACCAAAGGACCUGAACAUUUCUCACAUCAAUGCUGCCACGGGGACCAGUGCCAGCCUUGUCUACAGACUGGUGUCUAAAGCAGGGGAUGCCCCUCUGGUCAAAGUGUCCAGUACCACCGGGGAAAUCUUUACGACAUCUAACAGAAUAGACAGAGAAAAACUCUGUGCUGGAGCUUCCUAUGCAGAAGAAAAUGAGUGUUUCUUUGAACUUGAAGUGGUGAUUCUCCCCAAUGACUUUUUUAGGCUGAUCAAAAUAAAAAUCAUUGUAAAGGAUACUAAUGACAAUGCACCUAUGUUUCCAUCCCCUGUCAUCAAUAUCUCCAUCCCAGAAAACACUCUGAUCAACAGUCGCUUUCCAAUCCCAUCAGCAACAGAUCCUGACACAGGUUUCAACGGUGUGCAGCACUACGAGUUGUUAAACGGGCAGAGUGUCUUUGGACUGGAUAUUGUAGAAACUCCAGAAGGAGAGAAAUGGCCUCAGCUGAUCGUGCAGCAGAACUUGGACCGAGAGCAAAAGGACACCUACGUGAUGAAAAUCAAAGUGGAGGAUGGAGGUACCCCCCAGAAAUCCAGCACGGCCAUCCUGCAAGUCACAGUAAGUGAUGUCAAUGAUAACAGGCCAGUGUUUAAAGAGAGUCAAGUAGAGGUUCAUAUACCAGAGAAUGCCCCUGUAGGCACUUCUGUAAUUCAGCUUCAUGCUACAGAUGCAGAUAUAGGAAGCAAUGCAGAAAUCAGAUAUAUUUUUGGUGCCCAAGUCGCCCCUGCAACCAAAAGAUUUUUUGCUUUAAACAACACCACAGGGCUGAUUACAGUUCAGAGGUCCUUAGAUCGAGAAGAGACUGCUAUUCACAAAGUGACAGUGCUGGCUAGUGAUGGUAGCUCUACACCGGCUCGGGCGACUGUUACCAUCAAUGUCACUGAUGUAAACGAUAACCCUCCUAACAUAGACCUCAGGUACAUAAUAAGUCCCAUCAAUGGCACAGUGUACUUAUCUGAGAAAGAUCCCAUCAAUACAAAGAUUGCCCUAAUUACGGUUUCAGAUAAGGACACUGAUGUGAAUGGCAAAGUGAUCUGUUUCAUUGAGAGAGAGGUCCCCUUCCACUUGAAGGCGGUUUACGACAACCAGUAUUUGCUAGAGACCUCUUCCUUGUUGGACUAUGAGGGCACCAAAGAAUUCAGCUUUAAAAUUGUUGCUUCCGAUUCGGGCAAGCCCAGUUUGAACCAGACUGCCCUGGUAAGAGUUAAACUGGAGGAUGAAAAUGACAACCCUCCGAUUUUCAGCCAGCCUGUAAUUGAGCUGUCAGUUUCUGAAAACAACCGGCGUGGUCUAUACUUAACAACUAUUAGUGCCACAGAUGAAGACAGUGGGAAAAAUGCAGACAUUGUUUAUCAGCUUGGCCCUAAUGCCUCCUUUUUCGAUCUGGAUCGAAAGACAGGAGUUUUGACAGCCUCCAGAGUUUUUGACAGAGAAGAGCAGGAACGUUUCAUUUUCACUGUUACAGCCCGAGACAAUGGCACCCCUCCUUUGCAGAGUCAAGCAGCUGUAAUUGUUACUGUGUUGGACGAAAAUGACAACAGUCCCAAAUUUACUCAUAAUCACUUCCAGUUUUUCGUAUCGGAGAACUUACCAAAGUAUAGCACGGUGGGAGUGAUCACGGUGACCGAUGCGGAUGCCGGGGAAAACAAAGCGGUGACCCUUUCCAUCCUAAAUGACAAUGAAAACUUUGUGCUGGAUCCGUACUCUGGAGUUAUAAAGUCCAAUGUCUCUUUUGAUCGGGAGCAGCAGAGCUCCUACACCUUUGACGUUAAGGCAGUGGAUGGAGGGCAACCUCCUCGCUCUUCUACAGCGAAAGUAACCAUAAACGUCAUGGAUGUUAAUGAUAACAGCCCUGUUGUCAUCUACCCGCCUUCUAAUACUUCUUUUAAGCUAGUGCCACUCUCGGCAAUUCCAGGAUCGGUGGUAGCUGAAGUGUUUGCUGUGGAUAUAGACACUGGAAUGAACGCCGAGCUUAAAUACACCAUUGUAAGUGGAAAUAACAAGGGUUUGUUUCGGAUUGAUCCAGUGACAGGUAAUAUCACUCUGGAAGAGAAACCAACCCCGAAUGAUGUGGGGCUGCAUCGCUUAGUUGUCAACAUAAGUGAUUUGGGUUAUCCCAAAUCCCUGCAUACUCUUGUGCUUGUAUUUUUGUAUGUAAAUGAUACUGCUGGAAAUGCCUCUUAUAUUUAUGACUUGAUACGCAGGACUAUGGAAACACCUUUGGACCGGAACAUAGGGGACAGUAGCCAACCCUACCAAAACGAGGACUAUCUCACGAUCAUGAUCGCUAUUGUGGCCGGUGCCAUGGUUGUCAUAGUGGUGAUAUUUGUCACGGUUCUUGUUCGCUGUCGACACGCAUCCAGAUUCAAAGCCGCCCAGCGGAGCAAGCAAGGUGCUGAGUGGAUGUCUCCCAAUCAGGAGAACAAGCAAAACAAGAAAAAGAAAAGGAAGAAAAGGAAAUCUCCGAAGAGCUCUCUUUUGAACUUUGUGACCAUUGAGGAGUCCAAACCUGAUGAUGCAGUUCAUGAACCUAUCAACGGGACAAUAAGCCUUCCAGCGGAGCUGGAGGAGCAAAGUAUAGGAAGAUUUGACUGGGGCACAGCACCACCAACAACCUUUAAGCCUAACAGUCCUGAUCUUGCCAAGCAUUACAAAUCUGCCUCUCCGCAGUCUGCUUUUCAUCUUAAACCUGACACUCCAGUUUCAGUGAAAAAGCACCACGUGAUUCAGGAACUCCCGUUGGACAACACCUUUGUUGGUGGUUGUGACACCCUUUCCAAACGCUCUUCCACUAGUUCAGAUCACUUCAGUGCCUCAGAGUGCAGUUCCCAAGGAGGCUUCAAGACAAAGGGCCCCUUACACACCAGACAGGCACUGAAUUUUGGAGAUAUGCCGAAGUACUUGUGGGAGAUUUGGGUACCUGACAAACCAUGGGUGUCCCAGCGCCGUGUUACAUUUCACCUCCCCGAUGGCUCCCAGGAAAGCUGCAGUGACAGUGGUCUGGGAGACCACGAGCCGGUGGGUGGUGGAACCCUGAUCUCACACCCUCUCCCUCUGGUUCAGCCGCAGGACGAAUUCUACGACCAGGCUUCACCGGACAAGAGGACUGAAGCUGAUGGCAACUCCGACCCCAACUCGGAUGGGCCUCUUGGGCCACGAGGAUUAGCUGAAGCUACGGAGAUGUGUACUCAAGAAUGCCUGGUUUUGGGUCACUCAGACAACUGUUGGAUGCCUCCCAGCUUGGGCCCGUACCAACAGCCAAAGUCUCCUCUCUCCACCUUUGCACCUCAGAAAGAAUGGGUUAAGAAGGACAAACUAGUUAAUGGACACACAUUGACCAGGACCUGGAAAGAAGAUAGCAACAGAAACCAGUUCAGUGACCGAAAGCAGUAUGGUUCCAGUGAAGGCCAUUUCAACACUGGCAACCACAUGACUGACAUUCCUCUGGCCAACUUGAAGUCUUAUAAACAGGCCUCAGGAGCUGUUGAGAGUCCAAAGGAGCACCAGCUAUAAGAAAUGGUUGCUUUGGACCAAUGACUUUAGCCUACUUAGACUUGCUAAUACUGUGUGUGUGUCAGAGCUUUAUGUACUGGGUAGCCCUCUAGAACUAUGCUUCACCUAGCAGAGAUAUGCAUAUCUUUAUGUUAGCACCGUGGAAGGUAUGAUGUCCUGCAACAUGAAAGAGUGUUUCUACUAGUUGUGUGGUUUUGUUAAAUAGACAUGAUUAAAAUCUGCAGAGAUCUCUCCAGUUUGCAAAUAUCCUUUUUUGUUUGUUUGUUUGUUUUUUGACCCUGGACUGCUGCUAUGAACAACAGAAGAUGCAUUUGGAGAGCGAGAGAGUGAGAAAGUUCAGUGGAUUGCAAUGAUUGAAAAGCAUAUCCAGUUAGAAAAUUGUGCUUUUGUUGUCAUUGAUCUAUGCUGGGACUGUUGUACUUGAGAUCACAUUGCAAACAAAACAACUGAAACUGUAAACAUUAAACCUAUUGUGCUAUUAACAAUGUUAGUGGACACUUAUAAGUCGAUCAGUGUUCAAAUACUUGUAAAUAGAAACAAUUAUUACUUACAAUUUUUGUGUACUUAUAACAUUCACUUGAAAAGAUACUGUAGCAUAUAUCUGUGCUUCACAGUUGCUUUUUACUUUCCUUCAUUUGCUUCCUGUUGUUUUGCUUUUAUUUUCAGUGAUGGUGUUUCUGUGUUAGUAGUCUGUCUGACACACAAUGUUCCAAGGAAAUCAAAACUCUUGUGUUAAAAGUGAAAAAGGAGUGAUGGGGUGGGAGGGAAAUUUGGUUGUAGAAAGAAAAAAAAAGAUUUUUCUUUCUAUGUAGUAGCAAAUGAUGCCAUUUUUUUCUUUUUUUUUUUUUUUAAUAUUAAGAAAUUAAAGGACUUGUGUAAGGGCUUAAAAAUUUAGCAAUCUUUAUUUAAACUUCCAUUAUGUUUCAUAAAAUAGGGAAACUGCAAAACAAAAGAAGAAUAUUUAAAUUCGUGGUGGUGGGUGAAAGGAAAAGCUGUUCAUUUGGAUUUCUUGAUCAAAUUAGCUGCAGUGUGUCAUUUAACGAGUGAUAGCUGACAUUGAUCUCAGCUGGAACAUAUGGAGGAAAUUCUACAGGAGCAAAAUACAAUAAUCAUGUUUUUCCAAUUGGGCAGGUGUGUGUCUAUACCUAAGACAGUUUGUAUUGCUGAAACAGCAGCAUUUGUGUUGAUCUUCAUCUGCGUUAAUGUUGUAGUAACACAAGUGUUUUUAGACCAUAGCCACAGAAUAUUUAAUGUGUUGUGCCUUCAUGAUGUAGCAGAGCAUUCUCCUGGUAGGCUAGUUGGGGGAACUAAAGGGUUAAAUCUCUAAUUAUUGCUGUUUAACUGUUUGUUAUCAUAGUUGGUCAAUGCCUGGCAGGUACCAGUAUCAUGUCACCUCAGUCAAACCAGCAGAGUGACUCCUAAUGUUAGUAAGAUCUAAGUUGCACGCAGAGCAAAUCCAAAUUCAUACAUUUUUAGAUGUUUUUUGUUAAGGCAUGACAGAUGAUUUACACAAAUAAAUAGCAUGCAAAAAAAAAAAAAGAAAAAAAAAGUCCUUACAGAAAAAAGCAAGUUACUUAUGUCACAGUGAAACAUCAGUCUUAAAGUAACAAAUUUAGCUAAUCUGAAGGUGAUUUUAUUCUUACCAAAAACACAAACUUUUUUUUUCUUUAUUCUUUUGUAUAUAGCAGUUCAAUUUUUUAUUUUUUUUUUUAGUAUUUUUUUCCCCCUCCACAGUAUAAAAGGCAUUAAAAUGGGUUAGGGGUGCAUUGCUUAUUGCAGUACUUAUGUCAGUUUGUGAGGGGUGUUUGAUGACUUUGACAGAAUAAAUAUCUAACCAGUUAUCCUUGUUACUGCUUUGCCAGCUCAACGUUAUUUAGUUAUUCAGCUCUUGCAAUAAAUGUUCUGAAUUCCUGAUUGUGUUGUGUUAGUUCUUGGGCAGAUGCCUAAGGGACUUUAUUCCAGUUAAUUUAUCUUUCUUUCUGUUGUUGUUGGUUGGUUUGUUUCAUUGUUUCAUUCUGAAUUUCCAGUUAUUUUUCUAAGCAUAUCAUGGUCCAUUUGGUUCAUAUAGAUAUGUAUAAGAACGGAAUAUACAACAAAUAAUAAAUCCUGAGGGCUACAUUCUGUCAUUCCUAUAGGAACUUAUUCAAAAGGAUUUAUCUGAAUUAGGUAAAGUGUUACUUACCAGCUUAAAGGUGACAGAAUCUAGCCCAGAUUUGUUAGGCAUACUUAAGCACAUGUAAUAAGCAACCUUGCAUGAGUCUUUGUAAUAGUACAGUGGUAGCAUAUAGAAAAAACAGCACUUACCACACCUCAGUCUUUCUUUUGAGAGAAAAGUAAAGUCAUAUCAAAAUACGGUAAAUACUUUCUUACGAGGAAAAUUUGUGUGGUUAUAUAACCACUUUUGUUGCAGCACAGUUAAAAAAAAAAAAAGAAAAAAGGAAAAAAGAAAAAAAAAAGCCCAGAAACCUUGAAAAAGAUAUAUCAAUUAAAGUAACCUAUUUUUGAGGAAGCUGAGUUUUAAUGCAGUGGUGCCCUGAGUUCUGUAUUAAAACCAGAAAUACAAUAAGUAAGAAUAAGUAAGAAAUAAUAAUAAUUAAGAAAACCCAAAUAGCACCAACUAUUUUAAAUUAUAAGUGCCUUUUUAAACAGAAUAUAUUUGAAAAAAAUUCUAUGAAGGACAGGAAUUAAAUGAUGUGACUAUUGCUACAGAAAGAGAACUAUAUUCUAUUCCAACUUUUAAUACUGUGUGCUGCCAUCAAACUGUGUAGGAGGAGCACAAAAAAGUAUGAUUUAAAUUUCUGGCAGGUGAAAAUAUUCUCAUUUCAUUUUCUGAAAUUUUAUUUUGGGUAAUUUUAGUUUAUGAAGGCCUUACCCAACUUUGAAAGAAUUAUUAAAAAAAGAAUUAAAAAAAAAGAUAGGAAAGAAAGAAAGAAGAGAGGGAGGGAAAGAGAAGAAAAGAAAGAAAUAUCUGGAGCACAGAGAACUGUAUCUUAACCCCAUUUAAGACAAAGGAAUGUUUCCCAGGGCUUUCCACAGAAUCUGGAUUUGGCCCUAAACAUGUAUUCAGCAAGUGUCUAUUUAUUCACAGCUGUUUGGUUUGCUCAAUCAGUAGUACUGGUAUUGCUGUCUAAAACUCAGAAAUUAAGGAAAACAAAAAACCAAAGAAUAUUAAAUCCUGACAGUGAUUUGUGAAUUCAGUGAUGUGUCAGACGAAGAACUUAAAAAAAAAAAAAUCAAAAAUCCCACUGCACAGAAUAAGAAGGCAGCUGAAUAUUGGUGACUAUUCAAGCUUACUAGCUUUGAGGUUAAACAUAAAAUUAUUGGUAAGCUGGCAUGGUAUGGAUGCCUCUUUGGGCUUUUUUUCUUCAGCUAGGAACAUUGGGUUCUGUUUAUUUAUGUCUUAAUGCACGCAUUUGAAGAACUGCUAAAAGUAUAAACCAAAGGUUUCUUCAACAGUCCUUUAUUUUUACUGUCACUGACCAAAGCCCUGUGUCCAAAUAGAAAAUGGGAAGCAUACAUGGAUAUAGUCGUUUAGUCUUACUUAAUCCUAUGCUGUACCAUCUCUUACUAAAGAUAGAACAGUCAGGACCUCUUUCCCAAGGAACUGUCUGAAGGCAGACAAAGAAAUACAUGGACCAGAAUUAAGGAGGAUGCAGAAAUAUACAUCAAUUUUAACAAAUAGGUAUGAAGAAAAUUAUAUUCACAUUACUUGUUUAAUGUGAUUAUUACUUGUUAGCAAGUUUUUAAUAGGAAUCAUGAUCAGGAAGAAUUUUAAGGACUCGAGCAUGGAGUAGACCAAACUCUAAUGGAGAAACUCAGGAAGCUCUGGAUACAUAAGUAGCAUAAAAGCGGGAAAUGCAUAUCUGUGUGAGAAAACAGGAGGGAUAAAGACUAAUGUAGCUGACAUGAGAAAACAGAGAAAUAAGAAAAAGAGGAUCACAACAUCAAUCGGGUUCAACCUUGGGAUGUUUUGAACAGAGGGAGGCACUAGCAGCUUUAACAAAAGAGAAGGACAGGGUGAGAAUCAUGGGACCCAGCAAUAGGUGAUGUCAUGGUAUCGAUGGGACUCACAACAUGACAAAAGGCUUAGGGAUAGGGUCUAAUAGCCUUAGGCAGUAGCGUCUGAUACCUCAAAAUAGGUUACAAAAGCAUAUGAGAGCACAAUAGUGGUGACUUAUCCAGUCCAGACAGAAGAACUAGUAGCCUGUGAUGACUGAUUUCCUUAUGGCCACAAAAUAUUUACCUUGAUUCAGCUGAUGAAACAUUCUUAUGGCAUGUAUCCUUGCCAUAAGGUAAAAUAAGCCUACAGCACACGUGCUCACGUGUGCCAAUUCAGACAGCAAAAGCAACUGAGUACUUAUGGCAUUGUCUCUGAAUGCUCAGUUCUUGCCUGUUUAACACACUCCUUCAGCAGAAAUGUGUUCCCAAGCCUUGACUUUAUUUAGUUUAUAUGCGUGCAGUCCUUGCUGCUGUGAUGAAACACUUCAAAAUGGAAACCAAUUCUAGAGCAAAGCAAGGUAUUUUAGUGUACAGAAAACAUGAUAGAAUAUCACCCAGAGGUGUGAAUCAGCUCAAUAUAUCAUGGACAGUUAAGCUCUAACUCAGUUAAUAUUAGUUUUAUUAACUUUCACUGCUGGUCACCUUAGUGGACACAUUCAUCAAAUGUAAUUACGCCAUAAUGCAAAACUACCUUUGACUUUUCCACUUGUUCAAAAAAAAAAAUCUCGGUAGAUGCUUCCUUUUAAAAUUACAACAUAUCCUUCUCUAAAAUAUAAUACCUAAUAUAACACAGCUGCUUAUAUUAUAAUCUCCUUUUCUUGUGAGAAGCAGUUAUAUAGUUUGUUUUCAACCAGUUGAGCAUAGUGAGAUUAUAACAUAAAGGGCCAGAUUCUGAUCCUUCGGCUUUUUUGAACCUCUUACAAAGAAAAAUAUCAGGACUCCUCCCAUAUUAGUACUUCAGUAUGCAGUGGACUAGCAAAUGUUUGAGAAGAAGGAAAUUUGUAAUUUCCAGAGUUUUAAAACACCAUGUAGUUCAUUUAUAAACUUGAAUUAAUGCUAAUGAAUGCAGAAUUAGAAGCUCUUUUUUUUUUGACUGAUAAAGACACAUCACUUCACUGGACACUAAUAGAACUUAUGUCCUGAUAUGUAUCCUCAUCCUGCCAAAUACUGUGCAGCUCUUUUGAGACACUGAGUGCACCGUAUUUCUUUAGAACACAGCAGUAAGCAUACUCCUGUAGGAGAAGCUCAGCAUUUCACAGGACUGAGUCCACAAUGAGAAGAAUAUCACAGACACGCAUAUCAUAUGCUAAGUUUUGAAGCAAGAAUGCUUUCUCUAACUGCAGCAUCUCAUGACUAUAACUACAGCUUUAAGUUUUUACUGCUACCUAAUUGUACAAUAGAAAAAGUAUGUCUUUAACUACCAGAAAGGAUCUCAAAUUCUCACUGUAUAUUAUGAAAAGGAAGAACUGAAAGAAAGUAAUAUCCCUCAUUUUCAAAAAUAAGUGUUUUUUGUUUUUGUUUUUACCACAGCCAUUCUUAAAUCCACCUGUUGUGCCUAGGUAUUGCAACACAUUCUAAUAUUGCAUGGCAUGUAAAUAGAUAUCUUAAUUACUCAUAAUGAUAUGAUUAUAUACACAUAUAUAUAUAUAGAUUAUAUAUAUAUACUUAAAUAUUAUCAAUCACAUAAUUACUCAGUAUUAUUUAAUGGAAUUUUGGGACUAUGGAUUUUGUUGUUUGAUGUACUUUAAACUGUAUGAAGCAGCAUAUUCUUAAGACUACCCUCACCAAUGCUUUUGAUUAUUUAUUCAUUAAAUAAAGUGCUUUCUUUUGCUUGUUAUAAUCCUGUUUGUACAACCAUGUGAUAAUGUUAAAAUGGGUAAGUACUGUACGGGAAUUAUAACUG